AUGGAAACUGAAGACCACCAUAUGAACGAGGAAGUACCAGGACCUUCUGAUGAAAGAAAAAUACAAGAACGGUUAAUUAUGUUACAGAUGAAGUUAGAAAAAGCUCGAAAACAUAAGGAAUUAUAUAUAGAUUAUAUAAAAAAUAAAUAUCCUGGAUUUAAAAUGCCUAAAGUUUAUAAUGAAAAAAAUAAUGAAAUAGAUUUUUAUAGAAAUAAUUCAAUUAAUGAUUGGAAAUUUAAAUCUAAUUAUAAUAAUUAUGGGUCAGGAAAUUAUUAUUAUACAGGUACCAGAUUACUAGAGCAAUUGGAGACGUCAAAAUAUUUUUGGGAUAUCAAUAAAUAUAAAAUAACUAGUAAUAAUAAUAAAAGACUAAAGAAUUUAGAUAAUCAAAUUGGAUUUGGUGGUAUUAUUUUACAUAGUGAAAUGCCAAUGGCUGUUACUAGAAUAAAGGAAGUUAAAGCUGAUCUUGUAAAUUUAAGAAAUUAUAGAUUGAAUAUGGGAAGUGAAGAGUAUUUUAGACUUAGGAAUGAUAAAGAAAGUCAAAAUAUGGAUAAUUCUUUAGAAUGGAAUGAUGAUAGUUUAAACAAGACUACAAAUGAGUUAUUAGAAUUGAGAAAACAAAUUAUUAAUCUAAAUUUAGACAUAGAAGAUUAUAGAGAAAUUGAUAUUAAUCAAAACAUACAAAAUAAUACUGUUGGCAUAAAUAAUGUCUUUGACGAUGGGGACACUAAAUUUGAUACUAAAAAUAUUUUUAUAAAUGAUGAAAAAAAUGAGGAAGAUAAUAUGAUAAAUAAUAAAAAUAAAUUAAGUGAAGAAAUAGUAAAUUCACAUAUUAAUAUAAAAAAGGAUGAAGAAGAGGAUAAUAUUAAAAUUUCUAAAAACAGAACAAUAAACUUUAUAUCAAAUAGUCAAUCAAAUGCUAUUAAUAAAUCAUCUUCUGAACAACUUAAAAAUAAUGAAAAAACUGAUGAAAAUACAAUUUCAUCUGUAGAUGAAAAAUUAAAAAUGUUAUUUGGUAAUAAAGAUAAAACAACUGAGAUUGAUGAUGCAUCUUACAACAAAUACUCAAAAGAAAAAGAUGAAGAUUUAAAAAGUGCAACAAAAACUGAUUUUUUGGACAACCUGUUUAACAAGAAUAAAAAAGAAAUUAAAGAUAAUAAAGUUAACAUUGUUUUUAAAAAAUCUCAAAAUGAUGAAAGUGAUGAUGAUUUUUUUAAUUAA